CAGUCAACACAAACUAGAAGAGAAGUGAAAAGAACGAAGACCAAAACUAAUAAAAAAAAAUUGUAUAUUGUGCCGUAAUGUCCUCAAAAUCGACUCAAUAAUUUAUUUGCCAAUGUGGUAGCUGAAAACAUUUUUUCGAUCUGGAAAAAUUUUAAAAAGGACAUUGUGAGAAAUUCUGUUUAAGUACAGCCCUUAACCUUGUUAAUUAUCAAGUUACAAAAUGUUCAAAUAAAAUAUUUCACAGUUACAAACCAUAAGCUUACAAGUAUAUAAUAACAAAAUUUGUAGAAAUGUUACUGGAAAAUUUCUUCUGAAAUGAAUACUCCGAUAACCAUUUCAAGUACAAGUACUGCCCCUAACAAUUCGGAUUUUGUUCAGUUGAACUAUAGCUCACGAAACAAUGAAGAAUCUGUUAUAAGUUUAGGCUCCACAAGUUUAGAACGAGUACCAGUAAGUUGGACAUCAAGAGGUAAUACUUUUAAACGGAGAGAUUCCAACACAAGCAUUUCAAAUAUUCAGAAAGUUAGUAAUUGGAUUAAGAGUAUUGAAGAACCUAGACAUGUUUCAUCUGCUGUAGUAGAUUUGGAAGAUGAUGUAAAAGAUGGUAGUUUUAAGGAAAGUGCCAAGACAGAAACUCCGAAAGACGAUUUUAGUUCUGAUUCGAAAAGUGUAAUCUUAUUUCGUUGUGAUUUUAAUAAAUCUGCUAAAACCUACUAUCCACCUUUAGCUGCAUUUGGCAGAUCUAGUUCUUUAAUAAGUUGUUUAAAAAAUGAUAAAUCUGAAACAGUGAAUAGUUGUGUCACUAGCAUAUCGAGCAAAUCAGAUCCUACGGGAAGAAAACCAGGCUUCAGUAAUGAAGGAAUUGGACAAACAAAUUUGUUGUUAAAACGUUCAGAUUCUAGCAAAAUUAUGAACCACUACACUAAACAUAAUAUUAAUGUUUCGGUACAGAAAGAAAUCUUAAAUGAUGCAAAAUCGAAUGGAAGUUCUGAAGUUUAUGAAGUACCCUUAAGUCCUGAGAGUAGGAAAAAGGAAUUAUGCAGUUAUUUGCAGUUAAUGAAUCCUGCAGAUAAAAAAGAAAGGUUCAUAUUGCAAAACCGACGUUCUACAAGGGUUAGAAAUUUAACCGCAAUGCAGGAAAAAAGAAAAAUGAAUGAUAAAGUUUCAGAGAGUGGGGAUAGUGAACAGUUGGUAAAAGAUGCAGAAAAAUGUCCAACAUUGAAAUCGUUUAGAGAACUCAAUAUCAGAGUGGAAAAAGCAAAAUUUAACGAUGAACUUUUUAAAAAUAAAAUCAGUGAAGCUGAGGCUGAUGUCUUUUGUUUUCCUUUUCCAUCAAAAGAAUUAACUGAAAAUGUUGAGGAUUUUGAUAAUACUAUGACAAAAUUAAUCUCUAGAUAUAAAAGAAUAUGUAGAAUAAAAAACCUUAAAGUAAGUUGUAAAAUAGGAUUAACAAAAAAUGUUCCAAAAACAAAAGAAAACCUUGUAAAAAGAGUGCUUCAAGUCAAACGUAAAGUUGGUCUUAAAGAGAAUAAUGUGAAGAAAGAAGAACACAAAUUUAAAGAUUUAUUAAAGAAAAAGUAUAGAAAACCAAUGACUGCAGCCAGAAUUAAUUCGUUGAGAAGUACUGGGAAAUUUAAAAAUGUUUCAUUAAAAAAACUGAUAGGAAAAAAAGAAAAGGAACUUAAUAGAAAGAGCAUAAGAAAAUCAGUUCGGGAAAAUCGAGAUAUUAAAAAGAGAUCACCACAAUCUAGGAAAAAAUCUUUAUCUGAAAAUUCAAGAGUAGAGACAAAGCUAAAACCAACUAGCCCUCAGUGUGAAAUUGUUACGAUACCUAAAAGUAGUGAGGAUAGUUACAUCGAUAUAGAAAAUCUGAUGGAUGAUAUGAUAGACUUCAAUAAUCUCAGUGAAGAACACAAGAAAUGUUUGAUUGAGAAUAGGAUUUUAUCAACAAAACCAACACCACGAGAAACAAUUACCAGUGUUAUGGAAGAACCAUCCAACUCAUUUUAUAGCUUACAAGAAAUGUCACCGUUAUAUGGAUUUAAUAAAACAGGCGGAAACGAAGUUAAGAUGCUGUGUGAAGUAUACAAAAAUUCGGUUUUAGGCAGUGGCAGGAGGGAUGUAACAGAAGAGUAUUUACUCAAUAUAGAUGCAGUAAAAUCAGAGAAUAGAGAAAGGGAUGAUGCAGAAUAUAAGACUGAUACAAAAACUGCUAUAGAAAAAUUGGUAUCUUCAUUACCAGACAGUAAUUUUGAGUAUGAUCUUAGUGAUAAUGAAUUGAUUAUAAAAAAUGAAGACGAUGACAAAUCCGCUAGCUAUAAGAAGCAUCAAUUAACAAAUGGCAUCACUCUGCAGGAACAUGAUUAUGCCGGUGUACCAAGCGAUGAUGAAUUGGAAGAGGAAGCAGAAGUAGAUAUAACGGUUCCAAAUAAAAAGUUAAUUGUUAGAAAGCGGGAAAUGUAUUCUCGUAUCGCACAAAAAAAGACCAAAUUCCAAGUAUUGCCUUACAACAAGUCAGUAGAAAUGAAAUCAUUGCAUAGAAGUUUGCAACAUGUGGAGAGAAAAACAGAUAAUUCUUUGGCAGAUCAAUCGUUUACUCGAGAGUGGGACCCUGACAAUUCACCUAAACAGAAGUCGAAGAAGCAGUCGCACUAUAUUUCUAUAGAGAAACAAAAUGGAGCUGUCUUAAAAGCAUUCUAUAUUGACUUUAAUCUAAUAGUGUGUCAGGAAAAAGUUAUUUCAUUUUGGAUGCAAACUCCAUUAGGGAAUGUUCUUGGGUCUCAGAAUAUGUGGAUCCCUCGAGGGCAGACUCAGCGACUCUAUUUGAACGGUAAAUGCUUGCAGAAAGAAUCGAUGGAAAUGAUUAUAGCCAUGGAGACGCAUGUGGCUUACGUCGAACUUUGGACAAAAGAACAUAAGUCCGACAUAAGAGAAGGUCCGGUAGCUGAUGUGUUCGCAACAGUUUACUUUUGGAAGCAGAGGCAGAGCGGACUUAGUAAGAAAGUAUUGCAAUUGGAGAAUAUUAAUGGAUUUGCAGAUGACGUUCAGUAUUCAGUAAUGAAAAGCGUUCCUAAAAUAAUCGUCAGUUGGCACUCUGCGCACGAUGAUGGAGCGACAAAGAGAACGUUCAUACACGCUUAUGAGCCAGCCGCGGAUUAUCAAACGGUGGCUAAUAUAUACAACAUAGAACCCGUGGACCAUUACGUUUCAUCCCUACACAACAUCGAAGAUUGUGACGAUGUGAUAAUGGGUUGCGGAGAGAAUAAGAUAACCUUAUGGAAUGUGGAAUAUGGCUAUAUUAUCGCCACAGUAGUAUUAUCUGAAAUUAAAUCACCACUGUCUACUUUGUGGGUUAAGUGUGACAGGGGGUUUUUAUUCGCCCUACAGCAGUGUGUAGAUAGAGAACUUCGACUGAUCGCUAUUAAUGGUUUAAACCAUUCAUGGAAAAAAUUGGCCAGCUACGUUCCACCUGAAGGAUUCGACAGACUAAGAGGCGUAUGUAUAGAAAAUGGUUUGCUACUGUCCUUUUACGAUCAGGGCAUUCUCUGUUGGAAAGCUGAGACCGGCGAACCAGUUGAAGAAACCAGUAUAGAGUCUGAUAUCAUCCCGUCGGGCAAAUACGUGAUAUUGAUCGAAGACGAGCAGAUCCUCGUGAAACAUGCCAUGACUCACCUAAUGUCGUUGUCUGUAGAAGAGACAUAGUCGUUAUCAUGCAAGCUAUCGUGUGUAUGUUUUUAAUUUUUUAAUUACUUUUACAUUUUUUACUGCAACUUAGGAGUAGUUGUUAUUUAGUUUUCAUUAAAAGAGUGUUAUUUACGAAGGUUAUGUAAAGAUUUUAUUUUAAUUCUAGGCAUCGUAUAGCACGUUUCGUUAGAAAACAUUUCUUUCUGUUUUACUUAGGAAAUUGUGCGAAAGGUGAUUCAUUUGAAUGUUACAUCGUAAAUGUCUGGAUUGUAUAUAAUUCGAGUUAUUUCUUGUAAAAACUGUGAUGCACUGAUGUCUACAGAUUUUGUUAGUUAUAUUAAUGUAUAUAAUUGAAACGAAAUGUAUAUUUAUUGAUUUUGAAUUUUAAUGUACCGUAACUUAUUCACAAAUGAUUUAAAAAUGGAUCUGUAUAAUAUAUUUGAACAAUUUAGAAUACACAUUUUGAUAGUUUGUGUAAUAUAAGACGUAUGUUGAAGAUUAUAUUUUAUAUCCAGUAAAA